UAUAGUAUGCAGUCAGCAAAUACGGACAAAGGCCAGAGAAUAGUGGAGAAUAUUCUGAAGAAUCCUGGGAACAGCUGUUGUGUGGACUGCGGUGCACUUGACUGCUCCUGGGCGAGUACCACGCUAGGCUGCUUCGUUUGCAUCAGAUGUAGCGGGAUUCACAGGAAUUUAGGAGUUCACAUUUCGAGAAUCAAAUCCGUUCAACUGGACCGAUGGACGGACAGCGAUUGUUUGAAUUUGGAGAGAUACGGAAACAUAAAGGUGGCUAACACGUAUGGCAUCAACAAACCAGAAAUAUACCGGCAUCCUAACAAGGACUCCUCCAGAAUGCUCAUAGAACAUUGGAUCAGAGCAAAAUACGAGUGGAAGGAAUUUCACGUAGAAACAGUUCAAGUCCCCGUUUAUCUAAAAGGAGUAAAGAGCGGAACGUUGCUGAAGAAAGGGAAGAAGCGAGGUUGCUGGUUGCAGAGACACUUCAUGUUAGACCGACUUGACAACACUUUAUCUUACUACGAUACAGCCAAUUCAUCUGGACAGAAUCUGCUGGGACAGAUCAACCUGAAGAAUUGCUACGUGUUGUUAACAAACGAUAAGAUCGUGGAGAAACCAAACUGUUUGCAUAUUCUUUUUACAAAGGGAAAUUCCAUGAGGAGUAUCUACGUGUGUGCUAAUUCUGUCAGGGACCCAUUGAAGGAAAUUAUUGAGUGGUACUAUGCGAUACGAUCCUUUCAGACUCAACUUGGAUAUGCUAGGAAUUGUGUGGACACAGCAUAUGAAUCGUAUCUUCUAAAGACACCAGCUGAAGGUAAAGGUUCCUGGAAACGGAGGUGGUGUAUACUUGUUGCUGGCAGUAUACUCUACUACAAGAACAUCAUGGACCCGUUUCCCAAAGGAGAAGUUAAGAUAUCCAAAGACGAUAAAUGUGAGAAGCUGCACAAUUUACCAAAACAUGUCAAGUCAGGACCUGAUUACGUUUUCACCUUGUCAACCAAAAAUAGGACCUAUUACUGGGGAGUUUCAGCUGAGGAAACUUGUGCACAAUGGAUAAAACAUAUCGAUUCCGUCCAAAAGGACAUGCUCUAAAAGAAAGAUGGUAUUGUUCAGUCAAUUUGAUGAAUUUGCCGAAAAUACUCUAAAAUUAUCUCUCUUAUCAGCCUGUAUCAACUCGCACUCUUGAGACUUCAGAAGAUUAACCAGACGAGAAGUGGUUGUUUCUCAGGAUAAUGUUGUAGAUUUAGAUUACCAGGCCUGAAACAAACCUAUAAACCAUUCUUACCGAGCUAAAAUCUAUUGCUCAUACCAGACUACAAUUAUUUUACUGUGUUCCGUUCAGAAAUGUUGCAUUGCUAAAGCUGCCAGCUAGUUUCAGUUACAUGUGUGUAGAUUUGAAUUUAUUACGGGAAGCUUAUUCUGAUUUUUAAAGCCAUUAUUUUUGACCGAAAUUUGAUAUCCGGUGUUUUGAUUAGAAGUUGGACUCAUCGAUACUUUUUACUGCUUUUCAUGCAGACUUUUUGCCUGGAAUUAUAUAGACAAGAGGUUUUCAUUAGCCAUUCUCAUGUUUUUUUUUCUGCAUUUUGUUAUCUGUGCCCUCAACUUUUAUCUAACCGGAACAAAUACUGCUGUGAAAACUGUGUUGUGUGGUGUUUUUAUCGCAAGGGUCACAUACUGUUUAGGGUGAAAGUCAGUGUGAAAUAUGGUGUGAAAUGCACAGUAGACUAAAAUCUACACAAAGUGUAGAAAAUGUGGUGACUUGUUUACUCGCCAUUUCUGGCUGUUAUUCGGUUUAGUUAUACAUUUUUUAAAUUUUCGUUCAGGAAUGUAUCCUACUAGAUUUUUCGGGAAAAACAGUGACUGCCAUGAUGGCGAUAAACCUGAAUUUAAUUUGGUGAAAGUUGGAUAAAAUGCAUUUACCUUCUGUAAUUGUAGCGAAUAUUUCGUUAAAUGCGAUCAAAAAUAUGUUUUCUGUAAUAAUAAUGAUAUUGAAUAUUCCGAAUGAAGUUUAUGUCGAAGUUUUCACGGACUCGGUGGCAUACUGCACAAUUUAA